GCUCUGACAGCCCCCACCCCUGCCUGUCUCUGCCCCAGGAGGCCUCCCUGCUGACCCUCGCGCAGAACCAGCAAUGGAUUUGCCUGGAGACCCUCACUCCAGACACCCAGUAUGAACUUCAAGUGCGGGUCAGGCCCCAGCUGGGCAAAAACGAGGCUUGGAGCCCCUGGAGCCAGCCCCUGGCCUUCAGGACGAGGCCCGCAGCCCCAGGGAAGGAGGCUGUGCCCUUUCCUUGGCUGGGCCGCAUCAUCAUGGGCAUCAGCAGUGUCUUUGGCUUCAUCAUCUCGGUCUACUUGCUGGCCAACUGCCGGUACAUCGGGCCAUGGCUGAAGAAGGUUCUGAAAUGUCACAUCCCAGAUCCCUCAGAAUUCUUCUCCCAGCUGAAGUCAGUGCAUGGAGGAGAUUUCCAGAAGUGGCUCUCCUCUCCCUUCCCCUCGUCGUCCUUCAGCCCCGACACGCCGGCACCCGAGAUCUCCCCGCUGGAGGUGCUGGACAGGGACGCCAAGGCCACACAGUUGCUCCUGCUACAGCAGGAGAAGGUGCCCUCCUCGUCCCCAGCCGAGACCAGCGGCCACUCGCUGACCAGCUGCUUCACCAAUCAGGGCUAUUUCUUCUUCCACCUCCCGGACGCUCUGGAGAUCGAGGCCUGCCAGGUGUACUUCACCUAUGACCCCUGCACGGAAGAGCCCGAUGAGGCCGGGCCCGGGGCGCCUGCGGGGUCUCUCCGGCCACCCCUGCUGCCUCCGCCCGGGGAGGAAGACGCCUACUGCACCUUCCUCCUCGGCGGCCCGGGCCCCCCAAACACGGCCCCGGGGGGCACUGGAGCUCAUGACAAGAAGCUGGCCCCCUCCCUGCAGGAGGGAGCUCCCAGAGACUGGGCCCCCCGGCCCCCGAUGUCUCCCCCGCCAGGGGCACCUGAGCCGGUGGACAUCCAGCCACCCCUGGAGGGCUCCGUGGAAGGAGCAAGAGAGGAGGUCCCGGGCCCGGGCCCUGGCCCUGGGGAGGGGGUCAGGGUCAGCUUCCCCUGGGCCAGCCCUCCUGGGCAAGGCCAGCUCAGAGCCCCUGCCUCCUGCCUGACCCUGAACACCGAUGCCUACCUGUCCCUCCAGGAGCUGCAGGAUCAGGACCCAGCUCGCUCGGGGUAGACGCAACGACCCGGUGGGUCACUGCCCACUGUGGUGCCAGGCCCAGUUGAGGGCUCGCUGUCCUCAAGGUUUGUCCACUGCUGAGUCACCCGGUUUCUAGCCGUGCCCCGGACAUCUCUGCCCAGAGGGCCCCCGCCCAACCUAGCACACUUGGCCGUUUACUUCCAAAGACCUCAGUUGCUGCUUCCUGGUCCUGUGACCCAAGUGCAGAGUGGGGGGGGUGGGGGCACCGUGACUCCCCCACUCCCUCGUCAGUCACGGAGCCCCAUGGCUUUGGUCCCUGAAGCAUCCCUCCUCUUCAGCCCUGCAAGCACUCUUGGGGGAGCGUUCUCGGGGCUCUCCAGGGGUCUUCUCCGCAGGCUUCCUGCCCCAUCUCCCCCCCUCCCCCUCUCCCCCGCAGGACAAUGAGAACAAUGAGAACACUCUUUCCAGAACGUAAAUAUGGUUAAGCUGCCUCCCCCGGUUAAAUCCCUGCCAUGCCUCCUCACUGCCCUCCGCUUCACUUCUUGGCCCGGCCCCUGCUCCUCCAGCAUCGUGUUGGGACAUUCCCUUCUGGAACCUUCCUACUGAGCCACCAGAAGCUCCCUCCUGCCCCCACACCUUGGCACAUGCUUGGCACCCGGUGCCUUCAGUGCCUCCUUCAUCUAGGGGACAAACCCCCCUUAUCCCUCAAGUGUCAGGUCCGCUUCCCUUGGAAGGAAACACUGCUUCCAUUCAUGUGCCCAGGCUUCACGAUUCAGUGCUGGAGGGACAGUUCUCGGGGUCACGGGAUGGCUAGACCCAGCGGCUCUGUCACUCCGCCCUUGGGAUCUCUCCUGACCUCAGCAUGCUUCGCUGCUGUGUCCUUACCACAGUAUGGACACAAAUCCCCCGGGGGGGGGGGGGGGGGGAGAGGAGGGGACACUGGCUGGAUGUUUCCAUGGAGGUUUCACAGACUCCUAAGGCAUGCUGCUGGAAAGUGAACCUCCUGUCAGUGGCAGGUUCCGAUGCUGUCCCAGGGAGCCCAGAUCUGGGCCCCUGCCACUCCACCCUCUACUGGAGGGACCUCUUGC